AUGCGUGGUUCGUUAAACGAUAGCAUCGGGAAAAUAUAUCAGAAAAGUUAUAAUUUCGAAGAUUUUUUUUGGACUGGUUCCGGUGACGGACCUGUUGGCGAAUUUAACAACAUAACAAAUUCUCAAACGAUUUUUAUACAUCCUAGUUCACUGGAAACAUGGAAAACGACAACGGUUUUUCACACGACCACCAUUUUAUUUGCAACGGUUUAUCCAGAUGCACGAGGUUGUUUCGAACACGAAUGCGUUCCAGAGAUUUCACCCGUGCAAACCGGAUCUGUAGAUUUUUCUUUACCCACUUACGUACCUCCGAACGCAUCGGAAAUCAGGCCAAGCAAUACCGUAACAAACGUUCAUACGACGACGCUGUCAUGGCCUCAUAUAUUCGUUAAAAAAAAUAAUAAAACAGAUUUCGAAGAAACCGUUAGUCCAACGCCAAAACUUUCGACGAGUAAAAUUCAUUUUGAUGAUGGUGGUGAUGGUGAUGGACACGAAGGAAAUGGUAUUGGAGAAAAUAAUUUUCCACAAACUACAGUCUUCCCAGAUAUUAUUUUACCAGAUGAAAAAUACUGGUUGUUAACAAUAUUAAAAGAUGAUAAACAUUUGCCAAAAAUAAAUUUAAAAUUGACUGAAAAAAAACUUUCUAAUCUAUAUGAAAAAGCAUUUUACAGGGGUCACAACAAAUUUUUAACCGAAAAUGAUUUAGUGGAUGAGAAAGAUUCGAAAUUUUUGAAAUUUGUCAAUAUUCAUAUUUUUAACACGAGUCAAAUCGGUAACGAUUUAGGAAUUAUUUACACGGUUUCCAUCAAUGGUAAUCCCGUACCUGCAAACACUGCAGCCAAUGACAUGAGGUUGCUGACAACUCGGGAAAUAAUUGCCGAACUGGGUCGUCCAAUUCUUACAAAAGCUGAACCUUAUGUGAAAACGAUCGUGCCUUUCGGAGCAAGAGUUCGAGGGAAAACAAGAGAUACGUGGCUUUUAAUUGGAAGUGUUAUAGCUGCGAUAUUACUUUUGUUACUUUUGGUUGCAUUGUUUGUAUUGAUUCUAUCGAAAAGUCAAAGUAGAAAAAAUUCCGCCAAAACAUCGGCGGAAAUAGAAGAAGAAAGAGGAAAUAGUAAUUUGGGUUACGAUGACGGCGACGACGGCGACGACAAAAACGAUGUUUUGAAUGUUGGCACGUCAGUUAGAGAAGGACAAAAAAUUAUUCAAACGAAAAAAUGGACGGAAUUAAAAAUUAAAAGCGAAUGUUUGGAAGAUAAAAAGGAUGAAUUGAAAAAUGACGAAAAACAAAUAAAUUCAAGUUCUAGCAGCAGUUGCAGUGGCUCUUCCGAAGCCAGUUUGGUACGAAUUAGAAAUCAAAAAAUGAAAAAAGAUGCGGAAGAUAAACCGAAACCAAAACCGAGAGCAAGAGAUAGAAAAAUUCUAAGUUCAGAUUGCAGAAACGUGAGUUGA